AUGGAGCCCCUUACCUCUCCAAAUCCGGACAAGUAUUCAAAGGUGUUGGGGAUGCACUACAAGGGCUCGAACAUCAAUGGGAAAUUUUGGAUCUUCGUGGAGGAGGGGGCGGAUUUCGAAGUUGAAGAUGAUUCGGAUCAGCUCUUACACGGACGAUUCGUGUGUCCUAGACUUUCUAACCCCAUCAUGAUCUCGGCUGUUUAUGCGAAAUGUUCGAGAGGGGAACGGUUGGCUCUAUGGGAUAAGAUGAGAUUUAUUGCUCAAAUGGCGGAGGGAGUGCCGUGGAUCAUCGGGGGAGACUUUAAUACCAUCCUUUCCCCUCGAUAUAGGAUGGGCAGUGAUACAAAUCGGCACGUUGAAAUGAUUGAUUUUGCCGAAACCAUCGAAGAUUGUAGACUUCUAUAUCCGGGCUUGGAUGAAGCGGAUUACACUUGGGCUAAAAAUGGCCUCUUGUUAAGGCUGGAUAGGGUGAGGGUUAGCGAGAUGGUGGCGCCUCUCUUUGACGCGGUAAGGGUCACGAACCUCCCUCGAGUAGCCUCAGACCAAGGGCAGGUCCUAGUUAGAGGCAAACUACCGACCAUUCAAGAGGGUGGCAGAGCGUUUCGAUUCCAAAACAUGUGGGUUAAGCAUGAAGGGUUUGCCGAUCUGGUGCAAACGGAUUGGAUGGCCCCUACGGAGGCCGGGGGAUUACUCAACUUGAAGAUCAAACUAACUUGGGUUAAGAAAAUGCUCAAACGGUGGAACAUAGAGGUCUUUGGGAAUAUCCAUGCCAACCUCAAAACAUGUGAAGAGAACAUCGCCGUGGCACAAUCUGAAUUUGAAGAGAACUCCUCGGCCCGGAACAGAAUGGAGAUUAACAAGCAGAUCGCUGAGUACAUUCUUCUUCUCAAAAUGGAAGAGGACUUUUGGCGUCUAAAGGCAGCCCUGAGAUGGCUGGAAGAGGGGGAUAAAAACACUAGGUUCUACCAAAGUUGGGUGAAGCAGAAAAAGAUUCGAUUGAGAAUUCACAAGAUUAAUGUCAAUGAGAGGGAACUCACGGAUGACCGUGAAUUUUCUCUCAAAAAAGCAGCGAGGGCCUUACGAAAUUACACAAUUGCUCCCUAG